AUGGAGGUAUGGAUUCGGUUUCGCGACCUCAACAAGUGUGUCGCAGCUGUGGUCACUCGGUACGGUGACCCUCGCUUGUCGCGGCUGCUGCUGGAUCAGACCCCAGUCGACGACCACCAGGCGGAGCUACGUCACAUCCGGCUCGCCCACGCCACUCUGAUUCGUGGGGCGGAACUGCUGCAGCGCCACAUCGGGACCACAAUGGCGCUGACAGUGGUAAACUCUUUCAGUGGCGCCAUCUUCACCUCUUACGGGGUGUUGGCUCUGUGGACAUCUCCAGAUCGAACCAAGACGACCACUGUCUACCGUUAUCUGUGGACAUCGAUGGUGGCGUUCUUCUUUCACAUCACGAGACUGACGGCGAUGGCAGUGUCCUGCUCGGCUGCUGCAAACCAAGCGGAGAACACUCGUCUGCUGGUGUCGAGGGCUGCGGCUGUGGAUGUGCCCCCUGUCAGGAGGUCAGAACUGGCAGCUCUGCAGUCCCAGGUUGCUGAAACGCCACACUUUAGCUUCACAGCAGCAGGCUUCACGACAGUCGACCGCCGCUUGCUGGUAACUGUUCUUAGCGCUACCAUCAGCUAUUUGGUCAUCGUGGAACAGAUCUCUUUGUCGUAA